GUCACACGCAACUUUGUGACUGGUGGUCAGUUGGUGUCAUACUGUAUGAAAUGGUUUUCGGUAGGCCUCCAUUCAUGUCCGUUGCUGAUGAUCCGAAAGAGACUCAGUACAAGAUUAUCAAUUGGCCACGAUAUCUUGAUGUUUCACCGCGAGCUGGAGGUGCUCAUCUGUCGCGUCACACACAACUUUGUGACUGGUGGUCAGUUGGUGUCAUACUGUACGAAAUGGUUUUCGGUAGACCUCCGUUUAUGUCCGUUGCUGAUGAUCCGAAGGAAACUCAGUACAAGAUAUUUUGUGUUUCAUCACUACCUAACAAUGAGCCAAUAAACAAUCCUUUAUGCUUUGGCAUUGAUUUCAAAAAUUUGCGAUCUACCCGCGCUGAAUAUAUACCAAGAGUUGAGCAUGCUGAAGAUACGUCCAACUUCGAGACUGUUGAGGUAACCGAGUCACCUUUCGAAACUUUGGGCAAACGGGCUCCGAAUAACCCGGCUUUCUACGAGUUUACUUUCCGUCACUUCUUCGACACCGACGGCCAAGGUUGUCCGAGUCUCCGGCCGCCCCAGAAGCGUCCACCGCUUGCCCCAUUAUUUGAAAGCACUGGAGCCAGACAUGAGACAGUGAGCAGCUCGGAGUCGAUUGUGAUUUGACA